GGAGCAACUAGAAAGACGGAAGUAUUGGUCUUGUGAUGGCGCAUCACUGAUCACUCACGCGCACUACGUGCAAGGGAAGAAGAAAGCUAGGAAGAAGAAAUGGCGCAACGUCUGAGCUCAAAGCUGGCGCAGAAGCUGCUGAAAGGAAGCUCCAUCGGCAAGCAAGCCGGGUCCAAAUCAGUGCAGAAUGGGAACCUCGAGUCUGCGCUGUCAAAAAGCAAUCUGAAACCACCUGAUGCGGUGGUGGCAAAGGGUGUAGAAGCGGGCAAAGCAGGCAGGUGGCACAGUGUUGAGCCAGUCGAUGGUUUCGAAUCACAGGUCACAUCAAGGGGGUUGUUUGGUCGAGACACGUUUCCUUCAAUUGCAUCAACGUCAGGCAGAGGUUUUGCCUCGAGUGCGUGGCCUGAACUCCCAUCACCGCAAUCUAUGGCCCCGAAGUAUAUCAAAAAGGGGCUGACGUGGAGAAGAGCAAUUGCUGCUGCCACCAUCUCAAGCUUGCUAGGGACCAUGGUUUAUGCAUCAACUAGGGACGAAGCCACUCUCAGCUCAUGGCUCUUUGAAGGGGCCGACUUCUUCUCUCCCUUCUUCCGCCUCCUCGACCCCGAAACCGCGCACCGCCUCGCUGUCCUCUCCGCCUCCUGGGGCCUCCUCCCGCGGGAGAAGCGGCCAGAUCCCCCCGAGCUGGCCAUCACAGUCUGGGGGCGGCGGUUCACUAACCCGAUUGGGUUAGCGGCAGGGUUUGACAAGGACGCCGAGGCUGUGGAGAACCUGAUACUAGUCGGGUUUGGGCACGUGGAGGUUGGGUCGGUCACGCCGCUGCCGCAGCCAGGGAACCCGAAGCCGCGCGUGUUUAGAAUACCCGAGGAGCAGGCGGUGAUUAACCGGUACGGCUUCAACAGCGAGGGCAUCGUGGCGGUCGCGCAGCGCCUGGGCGCGCGGCAUGGUCGGCAAAAGCUACAGGGCUCGGGGGGGGACCCCAAGGAACUCGAAGGAACGCACUUUGACUCAAAAACGCAAAAAGGGGUGCUCGGUGUGAACCUGGGCAAGAACAAGGACAGCCCCGACGCGGGAGCUGACUACGUGCAAGGGGUGCACACGCUGAGCCAGUACGCGGACUAUCUGGUGAUCAACAUCUCGUCGCCGAACACGCCGGGGCUGCGCAAGUUGCAGGGGCGCAAGCAGUUGCAGGAGCUCAUCCGCAGGGUCCUGGCUGCGCGAGACGAGAUGCAGUGGGGCGAGGACGGACCCCCCCCGCUCCUAGUUAAGAUCGCCCCCGACCUGGCGCGCGCCGACCUGGAAGACAUCGCCGCCGUCGCGCUCGCGGUGCACCUGGACGGGCUCAUCAUUUCCAACACCACCAUCAGCCGCCCCGAGUCGAUCCAAGGGCACGCCAACGGCAACGAGACGGGGGGCCUCAGCGGCCCCCCCCUGCUGGAGAUGUCGACGGACGUGCAGGCGCAGAUGUACAAGCUGACCAAGGGGAAGGUCCCGCUGGUCGGGUGCGGGGGGGUGAGCAGCGGGCGCGACGCGUACAAGAAGAUCCGCGCGGGGGCGUCGCUCGUGCAGCUGUACACUGCGCUGGUGUACAAGGGGCCGAAGCUGCUGCCGGAUAUGAAGAAGGAGCUGGUGGAAUGCUUGAAGGCUGACGGGUUCAAGAGCAUCGAGGAAGCGGUUGGCGCGGAUUUCCGGUAGCACUGGCAAGGAUCAGAACCCGUGACAAGCUCGUGUCCUACUUUAUGAGAACUCUUCCUACGAGGUCCCUUACACUUGAAGCCUGCAUUUCCUUUUCAGCAUGAUCGUCAAAGGUCCGCCAGAUGACGUAUUGCCUUGCCCAUUCCUAGCAUGGGCAUCCAGGGAGCAACGCUUCCGCUUGCAGCGAGUGACUUGCGACGAAGUUGAAGGGGCCCACUACGCUUGCCCGAAGAUAUGCAGCGUGCAAGUACUCCAUUCUAC